AUGAAUUAUUGGACAGGGAUGUUUCAAUUUCCACCCAUGCAAUCACCUAUUGACAUUCUUCUUGGAAAAGAAGAUUGUACAUUAGAAAAGUUAAUGAAUGACGAAGAUUUUAUUCAAGAACUUCGUUCAAAUAAUGAUCUUAUUGAAUUUUGUUCUGAGCCAUAUAACUUAAAAAGAAUUCUUCAAUACACAACUGAAGACUUUCCAGAAGAUGUGGACAAAAACCUUUGUUCAAAAUACCAUAUUAUUUGUUCAUCAAUGUUUGGGGAUGAACCAGUAAAAGUUGUAGAUGCUAUUGGAACUAAUCCAGAAUUAGUUAAUUAUCUUUUUGAUGCAUUAUUAAGUGAAAACGAAAAAAGAAUGAGUGCUGCAGGACAAGUUCUUAUGUCAUUAGUUCAAGUAGAUGGUUCUGUUGUUUAUGAUUUAUUUAUUGCAAAUGAAAAUAUUUUAGAAACAAUUAUGGCACAUCAAGACCUUACUGGAUUACUUGAAACAAUUCUUCAAAUAAUGAAAUUAGAAGAUAGUAAUGAAAAAACUGGAUAUAUUAAUUGGAUAUGUGAAAGAAAUUUCAUUUCAAGAAUGUUAGAAACAUUAAUGACAACUAAAUCAAUUGAUACUAUUGGAAAUAUUUCAUCAUUUAUUCAUAACGUUGUAUUAUGGAAAGUUUCAAGUGUUGAUUCACCAGCACUACAAUUCAUUACACGAUUUAAUAAUGAGCCAACUUUAAAAGAAUUUAUUAGAUAUGUUUUUGCAUCAGAUGAUGACUUCUUAGUAGAACAAUGUUUUAGAAUUAUUAGUAAUAUUCUUGCAUGUUCAACAGUCUUAACAUAUAGUGACUUAAAUAAUCUCCCAGGUAUAUUUAAGGCAUUAAUGCCACAUGUCUGUGAUUUUGAAAAAGUAUUUACUACAAGGAAGGUAGGUAGUAUUACAAAUAAUCUUGUUUAUAUUAUUCUUUCACUUGUAUUAAGUGGAUUCCAACAGGUAUAUGAUACUAUUGUUAAAGAAAAUGUACUUGGUUCAAUGAUGGAUAUUUUUUAUGGAGACCAUUUAUGUACAAUAGUAAGACAAACUAUUCAAAUGACUGUUUCAUCAAUUUUAAAUGGAAAAGUUAAUUGUUUAAAAUUAAGGUUAUUAGAUGGAGGAAAUUUGUUAACAAAGAUGGUCGAAAAAGAUAAAGAAGCCGUUGAAAUUAAAAACGUCAACAAUAUUGCACCAGAUUAUUGGUUAAUUGCUAAUCAAAUCAUGAUUAAUACACUUAAAUCAGUUGAAGAUAAAGAUGAAACAUCACCUGUUUAUGAAUUAGUUAUGGGUAACAACGAAUUUGUUAAUUAUGUUAAGGAGGUUGUUCUUCCAAGAGACGAAAUAGUUUCGGAUUAUUUUGUUAAACCAGGUGACCAACAAAAUGAUUCAGAUGAAUAUACUGAUGAUUCAAUUGGAUUCCAGGAAGACGAUGGAGAUUUUGAUGGCGGUGAUUAUGAAGAAGAUGAGGACGGAGUUAUCGACAGUUCUAAACAUUAA